AGCGUCCCCGGGCCAACGGGGGCCCCCGAGCGCGGGGGUGGCCGUGCGCGCCCGCAGCCAGCAGGUGCCAGGACCUGGCCUCGCCCGGACGCGUGGCGUCCGCGGGCGCGAAGGGGUUAAGGCCGCGGGCCUGGGCGCCUGGCCCGGGCCAGGGGAGCUGCGGUGCCCGGCGGAGGGCUAGCAAGCCCCAGGCGCAGGGCAGGGCAGCGGGCGGGCGUGCGCUUCCUCCUCCUCCUCCUACUCCUCCCCCCCGCCUCCUCCUUUGUAGCGAGUUCCCGGCCCCUCUUCCUCCCCCCGCCCCCCAGCCUGGGCCCUCUCCCCCUCUCCCUUUCUUCCUGCCUCGCCUUCCUGCGGCGAAGGAGGCUCAUCUAUUAUAAAUGCACAUUCGGGGCUGACAUCAGCGGCGAGCGGCGGGCGAGCGCCGACGAGCGGUCCCUGCGCGCUGCCCGCCCGGAGCGCGGCCCCAGGCUCCUGCGAACUGCCCGCGGGGCGCGGGGAGCGGCGAGCGCGCCCAGAGCUGCCCGCGCCGCGCCCGCCCGCUUCCCGCCGCCGCCUGGGGCCCGCGGUGGACCCGGGCCGCCGCCUCCGCACGCCGCGCCCGCGCCCCCGCACCGCCCCGGAGUUUCUGCAUGACUGUCACAAAGAUGUCCUGGCGUCCACAAUACCGCAGCUCCAAGUUCCGGAAUGUCUACGGGAAGGUGGCCAACCGGGAGCACUGCUUCGAUGGUAUCCCCAUCACCAAAAAUGUGCACGAUAACCACUUCUGUGCUGUCAACGCCCGCUUCCUGGCUAUUGUCACCGAGAGCGCGGGAGGUGGCUCCUUCCUGGUCAUCCCUCUGGAGCAGACGGGCAGGAUUGAACCCAACUACCCCAAGGUCUGUGGUCACCAAGGCAACGUGCUUGACAUCAAGUGGAACCCAUUCAUUGACAACAUCAUUGCCUCGUGCUCAGAGGACACAUCGGUGCGGAUCUGGGAGAUCCCCGAGGGGGGUUUGAAGCGGAACAUGACUGAGGCUCUCCUGGAGCUGCACGGGCACAGCCGGCGCGUGGGGCUGGUGGAGUGGCACCCCACCACCAACAACAUCCUGUUCAGUGCCGGCUAUGACUACAAGGUCCUCAUCUGGAACCUGGACGUGGGUGAGCCCGUGAAGAUGAUAGACUGCCACUCGGACGUGAUCCUCUGCAUGUCCUUCAACACAGACGGCAGUCUGCUCACCACCACGUGCAAGGACAAGAAGCUUCGCGUGAUCGAGCCCCGCUCCGGCCAUGUCCUGCAGGAGGCAAACUGUAAAAACCACAGAGUGAACCGGGUGGUGUUCCUGGGAAACAUGAAACGGCUUCUCACGACAGGGGUCUCCAGGUGGAACACAAGACAAAUCGCCCUCUGGGACCAGGAGGACCUGUCCAUGCCCCUGAUCGAGGAGGAAAUUGAUGGGCUGUCAGGCCUCCUGUUCCCCUUCUACGAUGCUGAUACCCACAUGCUCUACCUGGCUGGAAAGGGAGACGGAAACAUCCGGUACUACGAGAUCAGCACUGAGAAGCCCUUCUUGAGUUACCUCAUGGAGUUCCGCUCCCCAGCCCCGCAGAAAGGCCUAGGGGUCAUGCCCAAGCAUGGGCUGGACGUGUCGGCCUGCGAGGUGUUCCGCUUCUACAAGCUGGUGACUCUCAAGGGCUUGAUCGAGCCCAUCUCCAUGAUCGUGCCCCGGAGGUCGGAUUCCUACCAGGAAGACAUUUACCCCAUGACGCCAGGCACGGAGCCAGCUCUGACCCCCGAUGAAUGGCUGGGAGGCAUCAACCGAGAUCCCGUGCUGAUGUCUUUGAAGGAAGGCUAUAAGAAGUCCUCAAAAAUGGUAUUUAAGGCUCCCAUCAAAGAAAAGAAGAGCGUUGUGGUCAAUGGAAUAGAUUUAUUAGAGAAUGUCCCGCCCAGGACAGAGAACGAGCUCCUCCGAAUGUUCUUCCGGCAGCAGGAUGAGAUCCGGCGGUUGAAAGAGGAGCUGGCCCAGAAGGACAUCCGCAUUCGGCAGCUGCAGCUGGAGCUGAAAAACUUGCGCAACAGCCCCAAGAACUGUUAGCUCCCGGGCAGGGCUGCCUUCUAAGCUGACCUCUGAUCUCUCCGCGGUUUCCACACGCCCCUUAACUUCCCCUUCUCCAGCGCCCCCAGAGACAGAGCCGGGACUGGAGCUGGGGACUGCCUGAGGACGCCCACCUGCCACCUUGAGGACUGGAAGUUGCCCUUUGACCUCUCGACCUCCUGCUGGGAAAGUCCCCAGCCUCUCCUGGAGACCCACCGCUGGAGAACCCCCCUUUCCCCGCCACCCCAGGAGCCUCAGAGGCCCCUUGGAGGGGUGAAGACCAUGGACUCCUUGUGGGGUGACCCUCAAUGGAUCAGGGAGCAGAGGGCGAAGCCAGGACCCCAGUAGACAGAGAACUUGAACUUUUCCCCUGCCAAGGGACUGCAGGGACAUCUCGGCUCUCCCUGCCGGGGCUCACAGCACCCUUGCCGUUGGCCCAGUAAGGGCUGGAUUACAGGCCUGGGCUGUUCUGCCUCCCCUCCCUCCAUCUCCCUCCCUUCCCUGACAGCCCCACAAGCCUGGCUCACCUGACAAGGGUUGCAAGCAGCCCAGCUCCUUUCUGUCUCUUGCCCCCCUCUCUUGUCUUCAGGGAAUUAAGAGGAUUGCUCACCAAGGCCAUAAUGACCCCUUGCCUUCCCAUGAUUCUCUUCAAAGCUCUUGGAACACCCGUUUCCCGUUUAAUUUGUGAGGUAGGCAGGGUAGGGAAUAGGGUCCCCAUUUUACGAAGGACAGAACUGAGGGUUACAAUGGGGAAGUGACUUAUUAAGUCACCCAGAAGGUUAACAGUCAACCCAGGACCAGGACCCAGCAUGUCCAGACUCCGGGCCUGGGCCCUUCCCCCCGCAUCAAGAUGCCAGUUGCAUGGGGACAUCCUCUGUGCCCACGUCUCUGUGGAGAAUGAGAACUGGAAUCCACUGCUACCAUCUGCCCAACACCAGUAGUGCCAACGUGCCACACUGCCCAGUUGAGGCCCUUCCCACCCAGUGCUCCUGGCCCCUGCCCUGUGCUCUCCCUCCUCAGGGGACUCCCUCCCGAUGAGGCCCCUUCCCCUGGAAGCCAGGGCUGAGAAGGGGGAGCUCGGCCCUGGGGAAGACAGGGCGGAAGGGGUCUGAUCACUUCAGGGGCCGCUCUGCACCUGUCCCUCGCCACUUCCGUCUCAGCCACUUUCAGCCUUACACUCGUAGAAGGACCACAGCCCCUUAUGUCCGUAUAGCACUUUAAAAGUUUACACGGUUCUUUGACCCGUAGGACCUCAUUCAAGCCUCGAAUCUGCUCCAAGAGGUGGGGAGCCUUCUCUCCAUGCUGCCGAUGAGGACAUAGACGUGGCCCAAGGUCACAGGACUCUCUGAGAUGCCAUAUUUCAUCUGGUCUUCUACGCAUUUUCUUUUUUGUUUCCUUAUUUGCUCCCAUCGUUUCCCACUAUCCACAGAGUCUGUAAACACUGCUGUCAGAAAAGUCACAGUUCCGGGGGCGAGAUCUGGCCUGGGGGUCAAGAAAUGGGUGUCCACUCCUCUCUCAUUAGCUAGGAUCUACUAGAUGCGUUUUACCCCACACCGGCUUUUCCCGUGGCCACCCUCUAAAACGUCCCUCCACAGAGGCUAGGGCGCCCUCAGCCCCUCCAGGUCACCUGGGCAGGGAAAGCCCCAGCCCUCAGGCUUUUCCUCCAAGAACCCUCCACCCUCUCGGCCAGCUACAGCAGGGUCUCUGGGCCCGCCGCCCCCUGCAGCUAGACAGUGUCUGCUCUCAUCCCCUCCUCACACUUCUGGACCUUUUUUUUCUUCCCCCAUUGACCUUUGUGGUCUUCUGUGAUUAUUUAUGCUGCCUCCCAAGGAUAGAAUUGAAAUAAAAUGUUUUCAACUUA